UUGAGACAUUGCAGGAAGAAAAGUUUGGGCAGACCCCCCCCCCAACCCCCGCUCGCUGGGCUUUCCUCUCUUGUCAGUCUGUUCUCUGCCUACGGGAAGUGGAGCUUUCUUUUGCAUUUGUCUGUGUGUGUGACAGAGACAGCUCGCGGGCAGCAUCGCCGCCCCACCCCGCGCGCCCGUCCCGUCCCGGGCUCAGGUUCCAAUUUGGAACGUUGGGUCGUCCAACGGCUCCCUAACGGUUCCCCCCCACGAGGUGGUGGUGGUGGGGGGGCGUUCCAUUCGACCCCCAUUGUUCCUCCGCCAUGCUCGAGCCGCUCGCGCGCUGGCUGCAGGUGCUGCUGCUGCGGGGCAGCGAGUGGCUGCUCGGGGGCGGUCUCCCUGAUCCCGGUCUCGGCGCUGCACCCGCGGCCGCUGUCCGCCUGCUGCCGGGCUCCGCCACCGCCUCGGCCGUGCUGCUGCUCCUGGCUGCCGCCGCCGUUGUUGUUGUUGUUGUUGUUGUUUUCCUCCUCCUCCUCCUCCUCCAGGGUCGAGGCCACGCCGCCGCCGCCGCCGCCAGCCGGGCCCUGCCGCUCGAGGAGCGCUCGCUGCUGGAGGAAGCCGCCAGUCCUCCCUGGAAGAAGCCGAGGCAGCACGAAGAGGCGAGGAAGAGGAGGAGGAAGGAGAAAGCGAAGGUACCACUGAAUGGACAUCCUCCCCUUUCAAAUGACAUAGAGCUAAUUGUUGCAGAAGAAACAAAAGAGUCACAAGCUACAGAGAAGAAAGCUCUUAAGGUCAAGAAGAAAAAACAGCGUUUAGAUGAGAAAUCAAAGGAACAAAGUGUUUCAGGAAACAAAGAAAAAAAUGAGGAAGAAGCUGGCGACUGGGUUAUGAAAAUCAGUAAUCGGGAGAAACGUCAGUUGAGAAAAGAGCGCCAAAAGAAGAAGUGUGACACGACAAGUUUCUUUGAUCCUAAUUUUUCUCUUUAUUUUGAUGGAAACAAAGCUGCUUCAAGAUCAGCUAAGGACAGUAAAGGUUCAGAUGAUCAAGAAGAGACCACUGCAUGGAAUGCUUCGUCUGAUUCUUUAGUUGAUACAGUUUCCAGCUGGAAUGAGCCCACUGACAAAGCUGUCACAUGGCAGUUCACAGGGAGAGGAGAAACAAGCUCUGUGGCUUGGGGACCCUCAGAUAAACCAAUGGCUACCUCAGGUUGGAGCAUGACACCCAAGGACUUGACUAAUAGUGGAAUUGACUGGGACACUGCAGAUUCUGCUGAGCAGGACAUCUUCGCUAAUAUAGGUACAUGGGAAAACAAGGCAGGUGUUAGAAGCCCUCCUGUGACCUUUGGAGCAUUUACAGAUCUUCCCGAAGCAAUUACCCAAGACACAACUUCAUCUCAAGAUAGUCCAUCAAGAUGUUACUUGAGUGCCUCAUUGCCUUCUCAUACAAUUGAUGAAGCAUGGCUUGGACUAGAUGACCCCUUUGCCAUUGAUCUUAACUCUGAUUGGAGUCCACCGACAGAAGAAUGGGGUAACUGGACAGGGGAGGAAACAUUAACAACCCAAGAACUAGGAAAAGAGAAACAGAAGGUGUCCGAUGGGGAGGAAGAAAGAUCUCCGGUUAACCCUGCUGGCAUUGGGAAAUCUAAACGAAAAAAGAAAAAGAAGAAGGGCAAGCAAACAGAAGAUUCUGUUGCAAGUGAAGAGGUGACACUGGAAAAGCCCAGCACUAAAUCACAAACUGAACAUGGAAAAAACCAUCCAGUUAUUACGAAUUCUUCUGAAGUCCAUUUUAUUUUAACGGGUUCAGAAAUAAACAAGCUCAAAGAUGACUCUGAAAAGAAGAUUCUGAAGAAUGAGGAUCCAAAGGGAACAGUGGCAGAAAAACCGGGAAUUGGAAUAGAACAGUGUUUAACAGAGAUUGCUUUUUCUGAUCAGUGGAAUACAGGGGGCAGUACAUCAUCCAGUAAAAAUAAUGGCUUCACUUUAGAUUGUGCCAAAACAGAGAAGAAGAAAAUGAAAGCAAGAAGAGAAACUUGAUGCUGCCUUUUCAUUUUUGUAAAUGGUUCAGGUUUUUAACUCUGAUCUCUUCACCAGUUACUGCUAAAUUAGCUACAAGCGUUCCGAUGCAGGAAGCAUUGCACUAAGUUCAUAAAAUGAACAAGGGGACAAAACAGUAGGAAACUCUGGUCUAGUCAUGGAAACCACAGAGGAGAGGAAAAGGAGUAGUUAAAGCCAAGUUCUUAUUGUUACUGAGAGGUGAAAUUCAGACGCAAAAGGGAGAUGUCUCCUACAUUCCCUGCAGAUUUAUCUUUUUUAGCACGACAGGGAAUGCAAAGUCGCUUUGCCAGUUCCAAGCAGCCUCAAAUGUAUGUUAAUAGAAACAGGCAAGACUUUUUUUAAAUGUUGUAUAUUUACUUGCAAUUCAUUUAAAUCUGUCCAUGCUCAUUUCAUCUCCACAGGAAUAGAUAUAUUGUGUCAGAAUCUGUACUUUUAAACUAAUCAUGGCUGCAUGUCUGUGUCUUAAGUGAUUACUAUUGCUUACUUGCAGUUAAGAUCAUACUGAUUAAGAGAUGGUUUCCCUUGACAAUGUGAAGGGAUAAGUAUGGAAUCAGCUGUUGUUUGUCUACUGUCAGCUCAUAGCAAUAUUAUCGCACUUCAGGUAUUACUCAGUAACUUUACUUGUCCAGAUUAAGUAUUUUAAUACUAUAAUUUUGCAUCUUUAUGGAUGAAAAUUGGUAAAAUCUGUUUUUGCAAAAUAUGCAGGAGAGCCAUAGAGCCCCAACUCACUCAACAUGUUUGAUACCUUUUUCAGUGGUGUCAAUGCUUUUGCUUUAUUUUUUGGUAAAUCCAUUCUUUCACAUUUAAGUGUUCUAUUAUUAGUCAGACUAUUCCUGGAAAGAGAGUUGAUCUUCAAAUUUAAAGUAGUUAUUAAAGAAUAAGAUUAUUUCAUUCCAAUCAGCGGGGUAAUCUUUAAUGGCAUAAUAAAAUCAAAAUACUGCAGAUGCUGGAAAUCUGAAAUAAAAACAAGGUGCUGGAUAAAGUCAGCAGGUCUGGUAGCAUCUGUUGAGAGGAUUGGCAGUACAGUUAUUGACCUUUGUAGAAUUCAAGGUAGAUAUUUCCAAGAAAUAGGCCCAUUUUAAACCAUUUUGCUGUAAGAACAGUCAGAGUUAAUAUACAAAUAUGAAAGUCUAAAUAUUAGCCAAAUUGGGGCCUUCUGAAAAGAGCGCUUAACUUUGUUACCUUGAAAUAGAGCCUGAUAAUUUUCACAAACUAAGUGUCAAUCAUAGGCAAUCACCUUACAAUUUAAUGACCUGCCUGUAGCCUUCUGAAAUCUAGCCUUUUUCCCAUGGAAUUUUUAAAUUAAUAAUUUAUUUUCACAUUUCAUACAACAUGCUUAGACUAAAUGAACCAUUGACUGGCAAUAUGGCAAAAUGUGAGAUCCCUGGUGAGAUUUGACAACUUACAAUAUAAUGAUAAUCUUUUAAACUAGAAGGAUAAAUUGUUUACUUGCUGUGUUUGAAUCUGACAACAGCAAAACCAGAGUUAGUGCAAACAAAACAUGAAUAUGUCAAAAGGUAAUCCAACAACAUUGACUGUACACUGGCAAGAGCACAGUUAUCUUACAGAAAGUAAAUCAACACCUGUGACCUUUCCAGGUGUACAUCUUGCAUAUUUAUUUGCUAGAGUAGUCAAUAUUAGAUGUGAUUGUAUAUAAAGUAGGGGUGAUUUUCCAAUUCCAUUUGGAAGAAAAUUCAGUUAAAGGGCAAUUUGAAAUCAAAGCAACAUAGUAUUUUAUGUAAAUAGCCUAACAGACAACUGAUACCUCCUAAACCAGUAUCCUUAAGUAUAGCAUUUACUAUUUGCAAAGAGCUAAACUAUCCACAUUUAUGAAGGUGUUUGUUACAGUUGCUCACCCAUUACAUUUUUUUUUAACAAUCAGUGGUAAACAAUUAUAAACUCAUGCCAGAUUCUGAUUAUCUGAAUGACUGAUGGACUUUUUUUUCCAGCUGUACAAAGAACAAUUUUUUAAACUGGUCAUGUGGUGGCCAUAUCAGCCUUAAUGAUGACUUAACAAUUUUAUAGGAGAAGGUUUAACUGUUCUCACUAAUGUUCUUGUUAAACAGUAUUUCUUUCAGUUUUUAUAAUUGUUGGAAUGCUUUAUUUCCUACCCCUCCCACAAUGGCAACAGUUUAUAUUGAAUUAUGAUGUACUUCUGUGAUCUAUUUUUCAAGAUAAGAUUUGACUUGUCAGCUAUGAAGUUUUAUGCCUGUUUGGUUUAGCUAAAUAGUUUACUUUUAUUUCAUAAACAUCCCGAUGCAAUGAUAAUUUGCUACAUUAAUUAAUGUAAAAUUUAAAAUUGAAAUAUUUAGUAGCAAAUAAUAACUACUUAGUCAAGUUGAGGUGUUUUAUUCAAACCCAUAUGUACCUAAAAUCUAGUUUAUGCAACCUUUCUCUGUACUCAUGACCGAUUUUAGUCCACAGAAUUAAUGCUAAAUGAACCAGUACAGAAGGCAUUCCCUUAAAGUUUGGGAAAACUAAAACAUGGAGGAAUUUGCAGCACAGAAAAUGUAAUGGCAGGUUUAUGCUACAUGAAAUAUGUUAAGUAAGGGAGUUACAUUUUUAUGAUAACGAAAUUGCUUUUAAUUUUCAUAUUUGAGUUCUGAGUUACUGAAGCUUACUAUUUCCUACUUGUAAAAUACUGAACGGUUAUUCAGUUAAAGGUAGUCCAUAAAUCAGUUAUUGGUUUUUUAAUAAUAUGGACAAUUUUUCUGUACAUGUCUGCAUUACUGUAUAAUAUGUUUGUACUUUAUUAUAGAGUUUGUGCGAUAUUUUUAGUUUGUGUUGUAUAACGAAUGUUCUGUGUUUCAACAAGUAUUUAUCAUGAGGUAAAUACGUUACACAAUGGGGAAUAGUGGAACACACAGUUUAUCCUUUUCAUAAGAUAGACCUUCACUUCAUGAAGGUCUUAAAAAAGGAUAAAAUAAAAAUAUUUUCAUUAUAGUAAA